AUGGCUGGCAAAACAGUAUUUCUCAUCGGCCCUGGCUUCAUCGGUCUUGAAGUACUGGCCGAGCUCCUGAAAGAGGGCUACCAAGUCACGACACUAGUGAGAAGGGAGGAAGCUGCCGCAGACCUCAAGACGAAAGGCGUCAACACCAUCAUGGGCACCCUCUCUGAUCUCGACCUCAUUACCAGCACCUCCGCCGAUUCAGACAUCGUCAUUCACACCGCAACUGCAGACGACAAACCAUCAGCUGAAGCUGUACUGGACGGUAUCACCAAGCGAGCUGCUACAGGAAAGAGCACCAUCUACAUCCACACCAGUGGGUGCAGCGAAAUUGUCGACGACUCACAUGGAGCCUAUGUCAGCGACAAGAUAUACGAGGACGACAAACCCGAAACCAUUGAUGCAUUGCCCGACACAGCACAUCACCGAAGCAUCGACUUGGUCAUUCUCAAAAGACGAAAGGAAUUAGGGACCCAGGCCAAAAUCUCCAUCAUUCUCCCACCCCUCAUCUAUGGGGUUGGCAAAGCAUCCGGGCGGCUGUCAAUCCAAAUUCCUGCUAUGGCAAAAUUUGCCCUCAAGCACGGCUAUGCUGGCUAUGUUGGAGCUGGCGAAUCUGUUUGGGGACAUGUCCAUGUGUCCGAUCUUGCUCGGGGCUAUCUGCUCAUUCUUCACUGGAUGGAACAGGCUAGUCCCGAGAAAGUUUUGGGGAACCCGUAUUUCUUUGCUGAGAACGGAGAGGAGCAUUCGUGGAAGAAGUGUGCGGAGGAAAUUGGGAAGGCUUUGUACAACGGGGGCAAGAUCAAGGAUCCUAAGCCAAGAGAAAUACCUGAGAGUUUGUAUGGAGAUAUCUUUGGAGAGAUGUCGUUGACCGUUGUUGGUGAGAAUUCGCGGAACCGUGCGAAUAGGUUGCGCGCUCUGGGAUGGAAACCAGUUGAGAAGUCUUCUUUCCAGUCACUGCGUGAGGAUGAGAUUCCUGCUUUGUUGAAGCAGGAGGGGAAAUGA